AUGGAGAAUAAAAAACGCGAGCCCCGCCCGUCGAAACCGUUCCCUUGCCCGAAAAAACAACUCGGCCUGCCCGUCGAAGCAGCCGUAGCCCCCUUCGAGCCGGCCAUGGUCUUCGGCCUCACGCCCUCCCUCUACGUUAAGGCUGGCAGCUUCAUCUUCGGCGCCUACGGAGUGCAGAUGCUGCUCGUGCCCUCCAACAUGAUGACCGACCACUUUGAGGCGCACAUAUGCGCGCCGGCCACCAAAUAUACGGACUUCUGGAUCCGUGGCCAAAGCGUCAGCAUCGCCACCGUUGUCUAUUGCAUGACGAAGCUGCCGGAGGAUGUCGCGGCAAAGGCACUGCUCGGUCUCUCGGCUGGCAUCGCCGUGCUCUACCCCUUCAAUGCCAAGUUCGGAUACCUCUCGAGCCUGGAGGUCAAGUACCCGAUGCACUAUGUCCCCGAGGCGCUCAUGCUCGGCCUGACCGUCGCGGGCGUCCUCGCGCUCAAGUGA